AGGCGUGAAUAAAAUUUCUAUUUUUUAAAUGAGACAGGGUCUCCAAUUCUGGGCCUCAAGGGGUCAUGCCUCCCAAGGAGCUGGUAUUGCAGGCACACAACAAGCACCCAGCCAGCAUUUGUUACUUUUGAGCAUCUGCCCUAACAGAUUAUAUUAAAUAGCUUUUGAGGUUAGGGUCCUUCCUAAUGAAAAGCUGUACAAUUGGAAGCUGGGUUUGGGGUAUAGAGUUUUAUUCAGUAUUAAACUCCCUGAAAAACUCCAGAAGAGAAGUUUUCAUUUAUAUAGCUACCAAUGAGUUUCGUUCUUUAUUUUUGAAACUUAGUUUGCUGCAGUUAAUAGUUGCUGAAAUUUAUUUUAAGAAAACCAGAAUGCUAGGAAUUUGUUUCUCAGAAGUUUAUUAGGGACGCAGGGUGUCUUAUUUCAAACCUUCUAUUAGGAGCCAGUGAAUUUGAAUAGAAAAGUGGCCUUGAUUAGUUUGAGGCCCCUUAGGGUGGGCAGAAGAGGGAGGGAGCAGCCUCUCCAUUCCUCAUGUGGGGGUCUCCCACCCCUGAAGCUCAGGGUCCCUUUGGGUCUUUGUCUGAAAAAUUGGGUAGAAGGCAUAGGCUUGGAUCUUCACAAGUCUAGGAAGGCGAUACAGUGGGGUGUCAGAGCCCAGGGGUGCCUACAGGUGGCCUCAGAAUUAAGGGAGUCACAAGGACCACCUUUCAGUGAGCUCCAGGCCACCCCUGGGCAGGGACCUUGGAACCCCCCUUUCCUGGAGUUACCUAGAAGCGUUUAAUGAGCUCCUGCAACUGCUUCAUCUUCUAGUUGCUGCUUGGUGAGGCCUUUUGAAAGGUCACGUGCCUCCCCUAUGGCUGCUUAAAGAGCUAUUGUUACUCUCUUAGAGUGCCUGAGGAAAUAGAGGCUUCUGAGGAGCUGGGCUGACCCUGGCCUUGGGCAGCCUGCGCCAAGCCCUGAAAGGCAGGGAGGGGCCAAGGCAUCUGGCUUCUUGCCCUCAGGUUCUUGAGGGCAUGUUCUUGUGGGCAUGUCUCCUCUUUUCUUCUUUAAACCCUGCCCUGCUUAAGGAGGUAGAGGUUACACAAAGCCCUGAGAGUGAGAGUUCUCACAGCUAGGAGCUGGAGGCCUCUUCUGAUCAUGCUCGUAUUGUUACUGCCACUGCCGUGUGUUAAGCAAACUGGGAAAACUUUUAAGUGAAAAUGCGAAAUCAAUUUUAUUAUGUUUCACUUUAUUCCUUUCUAUAACAAUUUAGAUAGAAUGAGGGUUAAAAAUCAGGAUUGUGUACGUUUUUCAAUCUUACUGGGUGUGUGGAUUCGGUUUUGCUUCAUAAUAUGAAAUAGUGAAACCAAGGCAAACCUGCUUUAAGCCAUACUCCAUCGGGGGUCCUUAUUCACACAUUUGAAGUACAUCCAAGAUUUGAUUUGUGUGUCUUUUCCUGUUCUUGGAGUUUGCUUACACUAGCCCUCCACCCUCCCCUUCCAGGCAGCAUUACUGAUGUCUUAUCACACUUUCCCUAAAUCGUUAGGAUUAGCACACAGCUACCACCAGCUGGAUCUUUCUAAUUGGAAAUUAGGUGCUUCUCACAUCGAUACCUGUCUCAAAGUAUCUCCACCGAUCUCUUUCAGCCAUGGGAAUUCUGCUAAAUGCCUAUAGUAUUGCAUGGCCUGUGUGCUUUUUAAAUGUGUGAGUUCUGUAGAUUCAGUGAUUAUUUCUAGAAAAAUGUGUUAUUGAAAAAGUGUUGUUUUAUUCUGGUAACAAGUCUUAAAAAGACAGUUCUACAUUGAUAACUAAAAGAAAAGUCUACAUCGUCUUGCCUAAAUGUUACCUCUCUUCCAGAAAACCAAUAAAAAUUCAAAGUGGCAAUGAGCUUACUAAUUUGUUUUUAGUUGGAUUUUCGUUGACAUUUUGGGACAAGCUUCUGAAGCUUUCUGUGAUGAGGGGCCAUCUUGUUUUUGCUCCCUCCCCCAGACCUUCCUGGGCUUUAGAGAAACACAAUAAAAAUAAUUACUGAAAAAGUAAAAUUAAAAUACAAAGAUAUAGAAAAUAGAAGGUUCAUUUUAAAAAUUAAACUUACAGUUACUUUGUAAAUUUGCAAAAGUUUCUAAAUAAUACAAUAUAUCUACUUAGCUCAUCUUGGACCAGUAACAGUUCACAUACUGGCACCAUCUGUGGGGCACACUUUUAGAAACACUGUUGUAGAGUGUGCAUAUGUGUAGUUGUGUACUCACAUGCUUGUGUAAAUGUGCUGUAAUCACAUAACAUAGAUCAUAUAACAACUUUAUAUGAAAAUUAAAUGCACUUAGUAAGCUCUUUAGCAAAAGUGAAGUUUUUCUGUAAGUAUCUAAAUGCUCAAAUUUGUAAACAAAUAUAAAUAGUAUAAUUGUGACUAUAAUUAUGUGUUUCAAAAUCCAGUUGUCGGUAACCCUUCUGAUGCAUGAACUAGUAAGUGUUUUGCAAUGUGAAAUGAAACCACCUCCCCCACUGAUUCACUCCAAAGUUUAAAUGGGCACAAAUACUUUAGAAAGGAAAUAUUCGAUGCAAAGUAGAUACAUAAAUGAGACUUUUAGCACUAAACAGUAGGAAAUAUGCUUGUCACCUGAAGUAUUAGGUAAGUCACUUGUUACUAUCAUGCUUUCCUUGCCUGGGAGAACAGUUAAUUACAGGCAUGGUCUUUGGACCUAGUGAUUGACAGCCAUUCUCGUAAUGUUUACAAAAUGAGAGGAAAUGUUUCAUGCAAGUAACUCCACAUUCUUUGUGAGUAUUAACAAAUCUCAAGCUGAUUCUGAUGUUGAUAGGUUGCAGCCUUCUUUAUCCAUCUCUUCUGAGACUGAGGCAGUGAAGUCAGUCACCCUAAGUAGGACUGUGUGCCAGGCUCUGUGGCCACCUGUCCAUCUGUCUUGAGGGGCAGCAUGGACUCCUUUAUAACAAAGUAUUGGAAGAACGUUGUGUGAAGUUUAUAUUCCGUUUAGCCUUGUUCCUUUGAUGGGAAUUGAAAUUCAAAGUGGUGAUGAGGUGUAGGAAGAGAUGUUUAGCCUGUGAAGACCAGACUGCACUCACGCGUGACUCCCCACUGUGAGUGGAAGCGUGCCUGAGGAGCGUAGAUGUGGAGUAUGUUAAAGGGUUGCAUGAGGCGUGAUCAGUCAGCUGAAGCAAUUUAGUAAAAGGUAAGUAGCAUUUAGAAGGAAACUUGGGUAACUACAUAGCAAUUGCCCAUAUAUGAAGAUUUCAGAAAGAGUGAGCCACACUGAGAGUAGGAUUAACGUGCGUGUGAGUGUCAUAGAGCAAGCAUGGGCCUGGCUUAAUUAGAACCAUGUAUCCUGAUCUGAACAACACAGGACAAUUUCUUGAUUAAAUGGUUAGAAAGCGAGGUCUGUGAGGCAAAGGCUAAUGGACUUGAGAUUGUUUUGUUUAGACAGUAGAAGUUCUGAAAGUGAGUGAUGACAAUGUAACAUGACCUUGGAGAGUUGGAAGGACCACGCUCCAGAAGGUGACAACCAGCUGAAGAUCAGUUCACUAAGGCCAGAGCAAGAGAGGACACAGCCUGGGCGGUGAACAGCAGCAAGAUGGGGCAGUUCUUCACUGCAGUUUUAAAAUUCAACCUGUUACCAAGUUCCCAAGAUAUAUGUUGGGUAAAGGAGGAAAACGGAAGUUUGAUGAGCAUGAAGAUGGGCUGGAAGGCAAAAUCGUGUCUGCCUCUGACGGUCCAUCCAAGGUGUCUUACACCUUACAGCGCCAGACUAUCUUCAACAUUUCCCUUAUGAAGCUCUAUAACCACAGGCCCCUGACAGAGCCCAGCUUGCAAAAGACCGUUUUAAUUAACAACAUGUUGAGGCGGAUCCAGGAGGAACUCAAACAGGAAGGCAGCCUGAGGCCUGCGUUCACUCCCUCCUCCCAGCCCACCGAGGAGCUGAGUGACAGCUACCAAGAGGCCCCACCUGCCUUCAGCCACCUCGGGUCCCCUCCUGCGCACCCCUGCGACCUCGGCAGCACUACACCCCUGGAGGCCUGCCUCACCCCAGCCUCACUCCUCGAGGAUGACGAUGACACUUUUUGCACUUCCCAGGCCGUGCAGCCCACGGCUCCCACCAAACUCUCACCUCCAGCCCUCCCGCCAGAAAAGGACAGUUUCUCCUCUGCCUUGGACGAGAUUGAGGAGCUCUGUCCCACAUCUACCUCCACAGAGGCCACAGCAGCAGUGACUGACAGCUCCAAAGGGACCCCCAUCGAGUCCAGCAUCCAGAAACCCGAGGGACCCCAAGAGAGCCGCACGGACGAUUCGAAACUGAUAGACUCUCUGCCUGGGAAUUUCGAAAUAACAACGUCCACGGGUUUCCUGACAGACUUGACCCUGGACGACAUCCUGUUUGCAGACAUCGAUACGUCCAUGUAUGAUUUUGACCCCUGCACGUCCUCGUCAGGGACAGCCUCAAAGAUGGCCCCUGUGUCAGCCGACGACCUCCUCAAAACUCUGGCUCCUUACAGCAGCCAGCCCGUCACCCCGAGUCAGCCUUUCAAAAUGGACCUCACAGAGCUGGACCACAUCAUGGAGGUGCUCGUCGGGUCCUAAGACCCAGGGCGGCUGUGCCCGCCCGGACCCUGGGGCGUUCCCACAACCCUGACAGUUCUCCGCACUGUGCAUGCACCCUUGCUUGCCUUUUUCAGAGAAAAAAAGAAAAUUUUACAAAAGGAUCACACUAGUUUUUGCUUUGAGCAGAGUUGGAGUGCCUUCAUACAAGUAUGACCACUUUUAAUAUGCUUUUUUGGAGUGGUUCCUCAGAGACCUACUACCCUGGUAUAGGAAAGAAUAGUAGAGGACAAUGUUGCUCUAUGUUGAAUGACAAAAAUAAACAGUUCAAGUGAAGCACAAGGAUUAAGUUGGAAACGCUGUAAAUUGCAUGUGCAUAUUUGUCUAUUUUUUCUAUAAGUUUUAUUGCAAGAGGUAAAGAAGAAAAAAAUAUAUAUAUAUAAUUUAGAUAAUCUCAGUACCUUUUUUGGCAUUUUCGCCCUGUAUAGGUUGACUUGGCAAUUCAGCCUUUUUAGAGGCAUUAACUACUCCUCGUAAGUGUUGCAUUUACAUGGCUGUUUAGAAAACUGCUGCCCAAAUUUAUUUUAUAUUUUUGUACAGAUUCUGCAGUUUAUGAUAUUGUUUUUCUAAAAACAAAUGCUGUUUAUACAUAUGAAAUAGCUAUUUUGAUAGGAUUUGCUCACAUAGUUCCUGCAAACUUCAGAUGUACAAGUUGCACUUGUACUUUUAUAGAGUUGUAAUGUUUUAUAUGUGUAUGGUGCAAGAGAAAAUUGGAUCAAAUCAAUCUGCAGUUGAUGUCCCCAAAUGCAAACACACACGGGCACAUACAUACACACACAUAACACACACAGCGCUUUAAGAAAGGGCCAGGUGAUAUCACACCCAAAUUUCACACGCACUGACCCCCUGGCACAAACACCCGCCAGUACUGUGACUUCCAAAGCCAGAGCCACGUCUGCUCAUCAAACUUGCAUUAAGCAGUUGAUGGAGAUGGCCACAGAGCUUGGGGUUUAAGUGAUGGUUCUCUUUAGCUCCCUUUUUUGAAGGGAAGGCUACCAGUCUUACUUUAGAGUGUAUUUAUGCCAAGUUUGCUCUUUUAAUUGUUUUUAUUUUUUAAGUGAAAACCUAGAUCUUUCCUUUUUGGCAUAAUUUUUAUGAUGACCUAAUAUUUUACAUCUGAAUACAAUUUUGUGAUAAGCAACCAACCUCUUCAUGGAACUAAGCCCUAUUGCAAUGCUUAGGGCUCUUAAAGAAGAAAAUCUCCCCAGAAGGCAUCCAUCAUGUUGCUAAAUUGUCUUUUGCAGCUUCCCUUCCCUAGAGCUUUUGUUCUCUCUGUUGCUAAGAGCUAAAAAUGGCAUCUUUGUGAUCACCACAGUGAGCUCUGCUCACCUCGGCUGGCCCGGGAUGUACUCUUACAACAUCUGUGACCUUGAACCUGGAGUUCCUCACCUUAUGUGACGGCUGCCCAUCUGGUUGCUUUCUUAAAUCAACUGCUUUAACUACACUUUACAAGGCUGUUUUACCCAAAAACACAGACAGAAUUUUCUAUGCAUGUUCCCCCCCCCCCGCCCGUCUCCCACCCCCAGAACACACUUGAGAAGUAGCUUUUUAUUCCUAGUGGUGUACAUUUAAUUUUAAAACGUUUGCAAUGUAUCAUGCUUGUUGCCGAAAUUGUUUAUGGCCUUUUCGUUUCAGUUUUUUCUUUCUUCCAAUGGUACUUUAGCUGUUGAGUGCAGGUUACAACCUAUAUUGUUAUGCAGAUGGCUUCUUUAGGAAUAACUUUUAUAUUUAUUUAAAAAUUUUAAAUUAUGGGAUUUUGUUUUUUGUUGUUGUUGUUGUUGUCUUUGUUGUUGGUCAUUUGUCAAUAUUCAGUCACCAAUUCUGCUCACUUCUUGCCAUGGAUAAAAUUGGGUCUUUCUGGCUAAUUAAAAAAGACAACUUUAUAAAAUGGCACUUUAAACAAGCCAUAGAUAGUUUUAUUUUUAUAAUGCACAUGGCAAAGCAAAUACGUUUGUGAUGAAGGAACUGCUCAUCGAAGCAAAAGAUUCAUAUAUGAUAUGAUAAAAUCUUUCUACAUUCUAAUGUACUUUUUUACCCCACUUGAAUGUGUUUUAACGGCUAAUUAUCAACUCAGUAGAGCAGUGAGAAACUGAUCAAAUUGCACUUGUUCUCCUACAAGCAACCUCCACACAGACACUUCUGUCUGCUGCAGAUGUGUCGUUUCCUUUGAUAGGACCAGGGACCAUAUAAUUAAGGUGAGGGUUGUUGUAGAUGCUUCCAGUGUCACUGUGCCUGUCCAUUUUAAGAGCUUCCCUUUCUUGUAGAGAACAAGUCUGCCCAAACUCCAUGCUUUUUAUAACUGGAGGACCCGGCGAAUUGCCACAUGCUGCACACGUCUACAUACGUACACAUAUACAAUGGUGUUGAUUAUUCCGAACAAUAACCGCGUGAAGCAGUUGAUCUGCCAUUGUUAAAACUGAUUUACAGUAACUUAGAACAACUGUACUUUCGUUGGAUUAGCAAAUCCUGUGUUUAAACAAAUCCCAUAUGUUGGGCAACAGUUCAAAUAAGCACAGAGAAGUGUUGCCCAAACUUGGUUCUCUGACUCUCAUGUAUUUGUAAGGCUGGGCUUCAAAAUCAAAACAAAAACCCCCAACAACAGCAGGCAAAUGCUUUUUAACUCUGACAUCCUUGCUGUAAAUUCCUGAUUCAAAGUCUAACACGAGAAAGACACGGAAAAUUAGCAGCCCAUUUUCAGAAAGAGCAAAAGCGUCAAGGGUUCGCGUUGUCUUUGUGUCCUAUUCUUACAAAGUGGUGUCCCGACAAGGAAGGGUAGGAGCCAGAGGAGGGAAUCUCCGAGUCCCAGUUUGAGUAUGGGAUGUGCUUCCAGAUGCCACCUGGCAGCAGUGCCUUCCCCUCCGUAAAUGGUGUUGUGUGGCAUCCAGAGCCAGGCGGGCAGCUUGAGGUGCCUUCAUGAGAAAGACGCGCUGGGGGCUGGGGCUGGGAGAGGACAAUUAUUGACAGUGAUGUGCAAUGAAGUGACAAGAUGAGAGCAGAAUCAUAAGAGCUUUGAAUUUGAAGUGAUUUUUUUUCCCAUAAGUUAUUUAUUCCUUUUUCUGUGUAAAUAUAUUUAUUUUACUGUGGAGCUCUAACAACAUCUGGAUCGUAACAUGUGCAGAAUGUAUGGUAGGAAUGUAUUCUCUUGUAGGAAUGUAAAUCUGUAUUAAAAGGGGGUCCGUGCCAGGACCCCUGGGUCUUCUCAUCGUAUGCACAGUCCACAUUCAUUUUUACUCUCUUCUCUAAUAUGGGUCUAUUUGAAAUAUGCAAAAGGUAUGGAUGAGGAAUGUUUUAAUACCUCCAAAUUUUUGAGAAAAUCAAGCAUCAAAGGGUUGAUAUUUUUAAAAGUUUUUUUAGUAGCACUUUCUCUGGAUGACAGAAGGGGCAACCCCACAGGCACCCUCGUUCAUACCAAAGGGUGAGAAAUGGCCUGAGCCUCCUCUGCACCUCUCCAGUGUCUUCACCAAUUGAGCUUUUUGUCGCCAUAGCCCCUUGGAGUGCCCUGAGGUCAAUCAAGGAAAAUUUAUUAACUAAAUAAGCUCCAAAGAGCCAAAGUAUCAACUUACGGAUCGUUUUAAAGCUUAAAUGUAUUAACCACCUAUGCGGUAAACAAUGAAUUAUGAAUACCGCAGGGCAGCCUUCUUAAAUGACAGAUGUUAAAAAAAAAAGACUCUACUUUGUGCAGCGAUUGUUAUUCCACUCUAUAUGAAUUGUCUUACUUUGAAAACCUUGCUGUUACAAAUUGGACCUUUAUACAUUUCUGAAAAUAUUGAAAAGAGCAUAUUUAACUUGUUCUGGCUGUAAAUGGUUAACUUCCUAUAACUGCCCUGCACCUGGAAGCAUAGAGUUGUGUGCGCCCUGCUUAUGUACAAUUGUUUUCAGCGUUUCUAAGAAUGAGUCCGAAUGGUUCUUUAAAAUUAGCCCAGGAUCAAAUGCUGUUGCAGACAAAGCCAAUAAAAACGUUGGACUUCUUUUGGGGAUAACAAGUUUGGAAGAGAAGUGCAGGCCAUAUGUGCGAAUGACCGCGAUUUUGAAAAAGGUGUACAUGGUGCCAUGUUUGGUGCAUGGUUUUUGAGGAGGGCUUUUUGUCCAAAAGGAGGUAUAACCUUUCCCCCACAGACCUGAGAGCUGUGCCUUUUCUAUGCAAUAUUACAGAUGUUACAUCGGAACCCAGAUGGCUGUAUUCACAUGUAGGUUUGGGCUGUAAUCGAAACAAUUGGACAGAUUAAAUGUACAUGGAAAUGAGCAGUCUUACUUUUGUAGUUUUAUAUUAUACAAUAAACAGUUAAAAGAUGA